CUCAAUAAGCUCGGCAAUUACUCCUCGCUGUCACAUAUUUCUCCAUCUUCUUCCCCUUUCUCCCCUUCCUUUCCUCCAUAUACUUCUCCAUUUCCUGCUCUGAAAAACUCUCUAUUUCCUCUUCAUAAAGUCUGUUCUCCUUCUCUUCUUCUCUAUCCCAAAGCUCUUAUAACCUAAACUACUUUUGUAACCCCAAACGGUGGUUUCCCUGCAGCCAGUUAACCUCAAAACAGAUCUGACCCCUUCUCUUUUUGCCCCUUCUUUUCUUGGGUUCUAAAUGUUCUUUCAGUACUGGGCUGAAGAAAAAGAAAGGGAAACGACGUUGGUGUGAAAGAGAUAUAGAAACUGAGAAGGCAGAGUGAAUUGGAUUCUCCGAGAUCUUCGUGGGCGUUAUGUAUUUUUCAUUUGGCUUAGUAUUGUGAUUUCGGUCUCUGUCAAAUAAAAGCCGUAUAAGAUUUUUCAACCCUAUCUUUCUUGACCACUGCCAGAGAAUCUAGGAAAGAGAUAUACGUACGCGCCCUUCAAACACCUCUCAAAGGAGCCCAGAAAAACACAGUCCACACAUAUAUAUAUCCCACAGCUAUAUAUUUACACACUUCGUCAGGGCGGGCGGCUCCUUGGUUUUAAAAUAUGCCUGCCGGGAUUAUGGUUCCUGCGAGAAACAUGCCGUCCAUGAUUGGGAGGAACGGGACUGUCGGUGGAUAUGGAUCAUCCUCAGGGCUUACCCUUAGUCAGCCUAACAUGAUGGAAGGUCAGCUCCACCCACUAGACAUGACUCAAAACACAUCCGAGAGUGAGAUUGCCCGCAUCCGAGAUGACGACUUUGACAGUGGCACUAAAUCGGGCAGCGAAAAUCAUGAAGGUGCCUCCGGUGACGACCAAGAUCCACGACCAAAAAAGAAACGCUACCACCGCCACACUCAGCAGCAGAUCCAGGAAAUGGAAGCUUUCUUUAAGGAGUGUCCACACCCAGAUGACAAGCAAAGGAAAGAACUGAGCCGUGAAUUAGGGUUAGAGCCGUUGCAAGUCAAAUUUUGGUUCCAAAACAAGCGCACCCAAAUGAAGACUCAACAUGAGCGCCAUGAAAACACACAACUUAGGACCGAAAAUGAAAAGCUUCGGGCUGAUAACAUGAGGUAUAGAGACGCUCUAAGCAAUGCCUCGUGUCCCAAUUGCGGUGGCCCGACUGCAAUCGGAGAGAUGUCCUUUGAUGAGCAUCAUUUGAGACUCGAAAAUGUCCGAUUAAGAGAAGAGAUUGAUAGGAUUUCAGCAAUUGCAGCAAAGUAUGUUGGCAAGCCUGUUGUGAACUACCCUCUUCUUUCUCCUCCAGUUCCUCCUCGUCCACUUGAUCUCGGAGUAGGGACUUUCGGGGGGCAGCCAGCGGGCAUUGGAGGAGAGAUGUAUGGUGCUGGAGACCUUCUUAGGUCAAUCAGUGCACCAACUGAAGCCGACAAACCUAUGAUAAUUGAGCUUGCGGUUGCAGCUAUGGAGGAACUAGUCAGAAUGGCACAAAUGGGGGAACCCUUAUGGAUGACAAACCUUGAUGGCACCUCUACACUGCAUGAAGACGAAUAUAUUAGAACAUUUCCUCGGGGAAUUGGACCAAGACCCAUUAGCUUCAAAUGCGAAGCUUCACGAGAAACUGCUGUUGUUAUCAUGAACCACAUCAACCUUGUUGAGAUUCUAAUGGAUGUGAAUCAGUGGUCUACAGUGUUUUCUGGGAUUGUCUCAAGAGCUCUGACUCUGGAAGUACUAUCAACUGGAGUAGCAGGGAAUUAUAAUGGAGCACUGCAAGUGAUGACAGCAGAAUUCCAAGUUCCUUCACCCCUGGUUCCAACUCGUGAGAGUUAUUAUGUGAGGUACUGUAAACAGCAUGCCGAUGGGACUUGGGCAGUGGUUGAUGUUUCCUUGGACGAUUUGCGCCCCAGCCCUGCAGUGAGAAGCCGAAGAAGGCCUUCCGGUUGUUUAAUUCAAGAAAUGCCCAAUGGAUACUCGAAGGUUACAUGGGUUGAGCAUGUUGAAGUUGAUGAUAGAGGUGUGCACAAUCUAUAUAAGCAGCUUGUUAGCUCAGGUCAUGCAUUUGGUGCAAAACGUUGGGUGGCCACCCUAGAUCGCCAAUGUGAACGCCUUGCAAGCGCCAUGGCCUCGAACAUUCCUACUGGUGAUGUUGGGGUCAUAACAAAUCAAGAAGGGAGAAAGAGUAUGCUGAAACUGGCUGAGAGAAUGGUCAUAAGCUUUUGUGCCGGAGUGAGUGCCUCUACUACACACACAUGGACAACGCUGUCUGGAACCGGGGCAGAUGAUGUUAGGGUGAUGACCCGAAAGAGCAUAGAUGAUCCAGGCAGGCCUCCAGGCAUUGUUCUUAGCGCCGCUACUUCCUUCUGGCUUCCUGUUCCACCAAAGAGAGUUUUUGAUUUUCUGCGUGAUGAAAACUCUCGAAGCGAGUGGGAUAUUCUUUCGAAUGGUGGUGUUGUGCAAGAAAUGGCACAUAUUGCUAAUGGGCGGGAUACAGGCAACAGCGUGUCUCUUCUUCGAGUGAAUAGUGCGAAUUCAAGCCAGAGCAACAUGUUGAUAUUACAAGAGAGUUGCACUGAUCAAACAGCCUCUUUCGUGAUCUAUGCUCCGGUUGACAUUGUUGCAAUGAAUCUCGUACUAAAUGGUGGGGACCCAGACUAUGUGGCCCUUCUUCCCUCAGGAUUUGCUAUUCUCCCUGAUGGAACCUCAAGUACCCUUGGAGCUGGAUGCAUUGGAGAAGCUGAGUCUGGCGGCUCUCUACUUACUGUUGCUUUCCAGAUUUUGGUUGAUUCAGUUCCCACAGCAAAACUUUCUCUUGGGUCAGUUGCAACUGUUAACAAUCUCAUUGCUUGCACCGUCGAGAGGAUUAAGGCUUCUUUGUCAUGCGAGAACGCUUAAUCUGCUCUUCAAACCUUGAGUUCAUGCAGUGUUCUUAUCAACUUCAUUGUGAGGAAAUUUCUGCUUAUGUAUGAUCGAGAUCAUGGGGGAGAAGUCAAGAGCGCACCUUAAAAGAUCCUUUCUAAGCAGUCCACAAAAGUGUUCAAGGAUUAGGGGUUCGGGUAUUGACUUCCUCGAACGAUUUAAAAAAUCAAAGAGCUCUUGUUACAAGUUAAUUAAUAUUAUAGGGUUGGACUCAUCCCUUUCAUCUUUCUUAACUUUGUAGUCAUCAGGGUUAGGGUUUUGGAUCUGUGAAGCUUAAAUAGUACGGACGUACGCCUGUCUUCUUUUCCCUUUAAUUCGAUCGGCUUGUUUGCUGUUUAUUUCUGUGUUUUCUUUCCCCUGCUAGCGGACAAUGCAUGAUUUCUUUUUUCACCAUUUUAAGAGCUCUUGAAAUGGAUAUGAAUCAUUUCAUCUGGUU